AUGGCAAAUUUAAUGCCUUCUCUAGCGUCUAUGGAUGACAAGGAACUUUUCGAAAAUGUCAUAGGUUUGCUUAUUCUUGUUAUUACCAUCGUUGUCAAUGUUUCAAUCCAAAUUCACACUGGUGUUGUUAUAAAUUUUUACACUACAUACAUAUACAUUGGUGCAAUGCUAUAUUUACUCAUCAUAUUGACAUCAAUAGCUUUAACAGCCCCAGUGUCAAAACAAAUAUUGGAAAACAAGUAUCAGGCUGCUCAUAAGUUGGUGUCAAAAGAUAUGCUUACAAGAAUGUCUACAGUGGAGGAACUAAUACAAUGUGUGAGAAGAUAUUCUAUCAUGGCGGGAACGUCUAGCCCACAAUUUGUCGUAGCUACUACUCCAUUAUGCUCUGCUGCUGGUAUAAUUUGCAUUUUUAGUACAAUCAUAUAUUUUUAUGAUGUGCUAACUGACACUAUCGACUACAAAAACUGGGGAGAACACAAUUAUUAUAAAAUGUUUUUAGAGAAUGAAUCAGAUUAUAAGUGGUCAAUGGUUGGGAUUUUCUUCAUACAGUCUGUUGGAAUUGUAGUGGGUACAAUACACUCAAUUUUUAGAUGUUUUGCACCCUUAAGCUUCAAAUUGUCCCUCAAGUGGUGUAAAAAACAUACCAAGAUCUUUAAAGUAGAGAAGUAUUGGCUCCAAAAGUUGUUUGAAUGGAAAGAUAUCCAUUUAGUUUUACCAAUAGGCAGUCGCACAUUAAAAGCUCUUGUCCACAAUUUAAAUCACUUCAUAAUACAUGUCUGCAUUGGAUUUCAGAUGGUAAUUGUUGUAUCAUGCAAAACAAUCGCAUUCAUUCCAAUCGGCAUUGUAAUUAUUGGUGUGUAUUGUGUACAUUGCUGGAUGCUACUUAAGGCAAUGUUCUUUGCUAUGCCCAUGGUUUCAAAUCGUGUCAUUAUACACGAUCUUGGCCCAAAUGAUACAGAAGAAGAUAUUGAGAACUAUGUUUUGCGACUUGAGAACGAGAUGGAGCUUGGUAAAAGAACACUCAAAAGCAUAUCAAAGUCAAUGGACACUUUGAUCCAGAAGGCCGAGAAGAAACCGCCCAAAAAUCUUCUGGAACUUGUUGAGAGUGUUGGAUUAUUCGGGUUUGUUUACGGGUCACGGGUCGGUGCGUUAUCGGGUCACGGUUAA